UCUUUUUUUUUUGGAUUUAUAUCCCACUUGUUUGUCAUGUCCAAAUUACAUAUCAGCUAUAACCAAAUCCAUGAGUCUAUCAGAGACGCUGUUGAGCGUUUCCACAUCAAUGAUACCUUCAAACCUGACCUGAUGAUUGCCAUCGGUGGAGGCGGUUUCAUCCCUGCUCGUAUCCUCCGUACCUUUCUGAAAAAGACAUCCCGUGGAAACAUUCCUAUCCAAGCUAUUGGCCUUUCUCUUUAUGAGGAACUGGGAAAUGAAGAAAGACCGGGUACUCAGGUCCAAAAGACACAAUGGCUCAAUUUCGGUGCAUCUCAUUCUGAAAUUUCUUUGCUCGGCCGUCGUAUCUUAAUUGUAGAUGAAGUCGAUGAUACUCGUCAGACAUUAGCCUUUGCUGUCAAGGAAUUACAAAAGGAUAUUGAAGCUGAGGAAAUUCGUCAUGGUAUGAAGCCUGGUGAAUCGAAUACGGUCCUUGGUGUCUUUGUACUUCACAACAAGUUGAAGCAAAAGAAGCAGGAUUUACCUGAAGAAAUCAAAAAGAAUUAUUUUGCAGCUGUUGAAAUGCCUGAUCAGUGGUUGGUCUAUCCUUGGGAUGCUGUCGAUAUCGAAUCCCAUACUGAGUUGGCGAACAAACACCAAUAAGAAGAACAACGCUGCAGUUCAUUUGUAUCAUAAACCUCUUAUCUCUCGUGCGAGAGAGAUAAAUCAUUAUACUUCAUCAUUAUAUAGACUUUACAAAUAUUAGACUUUUGAUAAUUGUAAGAAAAUAAUAAAGACAUCUUCAAUAUUUGUCCUUUAGCAAACAUGGCUUAUUAUUCAGGGACACUGAGACACCAACAUGAAGUAGUCACAAUUGGUUCCAAGCUCUAAUGACUUGAUCGUCAAUAAAAGAAUUGAUAAAUGAGUCGUGGUUGCUACAAGUUCGAGGGCAUUUGAAAAGAUCUCAGGGCUGGUAACAUUGUCCUACUUUGGUAGUCAACUACUCACUUUGAG